AUGUUCUCCAAGAAGCCGCACGGGGACGUGAAGAAAUCCACCCAGAAGGUGCUGGACACCAAGAAGGACGCGCUGACCCGCCUCAAGCACCUGCGAUGCGUCAUCGAGAAUGCGGAGUCUAUCGACCUUAAACAGUUUUUUGACCAACAUUUUUCACAUAUUUAUUAUGUGUUCUUUGAGAAUUUCGUGACUAUUGAAGCUAGUCUGAAACAGAAAGGUCACAAGUCUCAAAGGGAGGAAUUGGAUGCUAUACUUUUUAUUUUUGAGAAAAUUUUGCAACUUCUUCCAGAGAGAAUUCAUCAGCGAUGGCAAUUUCAUAGUAUUGGAUUGAUUUUAAAGAAACUACUUCACACAGGGAACUCCUUGAAGAUCCGGCGGGAAGGUGUUCGUCUUUUCUUGUUAUGGUUGCAAGCUCUUCAGAAUAACUGUAGCAAAGAACAGCUUUGGAUGUUUUCAUGCUUAAUCCCUGGAUUUUCGGCACCACAAUCCGAAUAUGGACCUCGAACUUUAGAUAAUCUCAUUAAUCCUCCACUCAAUCUUCAAGAAACUCAAGUUACUACAGAGGAAAUCACUCCUCUUGUCCCCCCACAAUCAGGAGAUAAAGGACAAGAAGAUCUCACAAGCUAUUUUCUUGAAGCACUUUUAAAAUACAUAGUAAUUCAGGUAAAAAGUUUAGAAUGGAAGAACAAAGAAAAUCAAGAAAGGGGAUUUUCAUUUUUGUUUUCACAUUUUAAGAAGUACUACUUGUCUUAUAUUUUUCCAAACAUGUGCAAGGAGAGCAGUUUAUAUCAUCCUGUGCUUGAUAUUCCACAGAUGAGACCAAAGCCACAUUAUGUCAUGAUAAAAAAGGAUGCUGAAACCAAUGAAGCAAUAUAUUGUACGAAGGAGCCUUUCAUUAAGGCUCGUGUAAUUGUCAUUCGUUGGCUGGUUUCUUUUUGGCUUGAGCCAAAGCCACAUACAGGACCUCAUAUUCCUGGGAUGGAAGGUGAAAUCUUGCCAAAGAAUAUUCAGAGAGCAGCAGCUAGUUUGGUAUCCAGAGAAGAAAAUAAAACUGAUAAUACUGAUAAAACAGAUAGAACUACAGAACCAGAACAGUCUCAUUCUAAUACAAGCACUCUGACGGAGCGAGAACCUAGCUCAUCUAGCCUUUGUAGUAUUGAUGAAGAACAUCUCACAGACAUUGAAAUAGUUCGCAGAGUUUUUUCUUCUAAAAGAAGUAAUGUAAACUUUGUCACAGAGAUAUUUCGUCAGGCAUUUUUGUUACCAAUUUGUGAAGCAGCAGCAAUGAGGAAAGUGGUAAAAGUAUAUCAAGAAUGGAUUCAGCAAGAGGAAAAACCUUUGUUCAUGCAAGAGCCUGAAGAAAUUGUUAUUUCUUCUUCUGACUUACCUUGCAUUGACAGUGUUCCAGACCAUGAUAUUUCAAUGGAAGAAGGAGAAAAGAGAGAAGAGGAAAAUGGGGCCAAUAUUGCUGAUCAUGUUCGAAAUUCCACUUGGGCAAAAAAUGGCACCUAUCAAGAUGUUCUUCAUAACGCCUCUGAAGAAGCCACAGAAGAAAACAUACGAGCUGGUACCCAGGCAGUUUUGCAGGUGUUUAUUAUGAACUCAUCAAACAUAUUUCUUCUUGAACCUGCAAAUGAAAUAAAAAGUCUUCUGGAUGAGCACACAGAUAUGUGUAAACGUAUUCUUAACAUUUAUCGGUUCAUGGUUGUGCAAGUAUCAAUGGACAAAAAGACUUGGGAACAGAUGCUGCUUGUGUUGCUCAGAGUCACAGAGUCUGUACUGAAGAUGCCAUCACAAGCUUUCCUACAGUUCCAGGGGAAAAAAAACAUGACCUUGGCAGGUCGACUUGCAGGACCACUUUUUCAGACUCUUAUAGUUGCCUGGAUCAAAGCAAAUCUAAAUGUGUACAUUUCCCGAGAACUUUGGGAUGAUUUACUCUCAGUCUUGUCAUCAUUGACCUAUUGGGAAGAAUUAGCCACUGAGUGGUCACUGACUAUGGAGACACUAACUAAAGUUUUAGCUAGAAAUUUAUAUAGUUUGGAUCUCAGUGAUUUACCAUUGGAUAAGCUGAGUGAACAGAAGCAAAAAAAGCACAAAGGGAAAGGAGUUGGACAUGAAUUUCAGAAAGUUUCAGUUGACAAGUCAUUUUCUAGAGGAUGGAGUCGUGAUCAGCCUGGCCAAGCCCCAAUGAGACAGAGAAGUGCAACAACCACUGGUUCCCCAGGAACUGAAAAGGCGAGGAGUAUAGUACGGCAAAAAACUGUUGAUAUUGAUGAUACUCAAAUACUUCCCCGCCCAACUAGAGUCAGACAUUUUUCACAAAGUGAAGACACUGGGAAUGAAGUUUUUGGUGCUUUGAAUGAGGAACAGCCAUUGCCUCGAAGUAGCAGCACUUCUGACAUCUUGGAACCAUUCACUGUUGAACGAGCCAAAGUCAAUAAAGAGGAUAUGAGCCCAAAACUGCCUCCUCUUAAUAGUGAUAUUGGCAGCAGCAAUGCUAAUGUUCCUGAUCUGAUGGAUGAGUUUAUAGCAGAACGACUUCGAAGUGGUAAUGCCUCAACUCUAACAAGAAGAGGAAGUAGUCCAGGCAGCCUCGAAAUUCCCAAAGACCUCCCUGAUAUUCUAAACAAGCAGAACCAAAUGCGUCCUAUUGAUGACCCAGGUGCACCCUCAGAGUGGACUUCUCCUGCCAGUGCAGGGAGCAGUGAUCUCAUCAGCUCAGAUAGUCAUUCGGAUUCUUUCAGUGCUUUCCAAUAUGAUGGACGAAAAUUUGACAAUUUUGGCUUUGGAGCUGAUACUGGGAUUGCAUCGUCUGCUGAUGUGGAUUCAGGUUCUGGUCAUCAUCAGAGUACUGAAGAGCAAGAAGUGGCUAGUCUAACCACGCUUCACAUAGAUUCUGAAACAAGCAGUCUUAAUCAACAAGCUUUCUCUGCUGAAGUUGCAACGGUUACUGGUUCAGAAAGUGCUUCUCCAGUACAUUCAGCUCUGGGAUCCAGGUCACAAACACCUUCCCCUUCUACACUGAAUAUAGAACAUAUGGAACAGAAAGAUCUGCAGCUCGACGAGAAACUUCACCACUCUGUUCUUCAGACGCCAGAUGACCUAGAAAUCAGUGAAUUUCCGUCUGAAUGUUGUAGUGUGAUGGCAGGGGGCACUCUUACAGGAUGGCAUGCUGAUGUGGCUACUGUAAUGUGGCGAAGGAUGCUAGGCAUUUUGGGAGAUGUCAAUGCUAUUAUGGAUCCCGAAAUACAUGCUCAAGUCUUCGAUUACCUCUGUGAACUUUGGCAGAAUUUAGCUAAGAUUAGAGAUAACCUCGGCAUUUCGACUGAUAACCUGACCUCCCCUUCUCCACCAAUUUUGAUACCUCCAUUGAGAAUUCUUACGCCUUGGCUUUUCAAGGCAACCAUGUUGACUGAUAAAUAUAAGCAAGGUAAAUUACAUGCUUAUAAACUUAUUUGCAAUACAAUGAAAAGAAGACAAGAUGUUUCUCCAAAUAGAGAUUUUCUGACACAUUUCUAUAAUAUAAUGCAUUGUGGAUUACUUCAUAUUGAUCAGGAUAUUGUCAAUACAAUCAUCAAGCACUGCUCACCUCAGUUUUUUUCACUUGGUUUGCCUGGUGCCACAAUGCUUAUUAUGGAUUUUAUUGUAGCAGCUGGCCGAGUGGCUUCUUCAGCUUUUCUCAAUGCACCGAGAGUGGAAGCACAAGUUCUUCUGGGAUCUUUAGUUUGCUUUCCUAACUUAUAUUGUGAACUGCCUGCUCUUCAUCCCAAUAUUCCUGAUAUUGCUGUGUCUCAGUUUACAGAUGUUAAGGAACUUAUAAUCAAAACUGUAUUAAGCUCAGCAAGAGAUGAGCCCUCUGGUCCUGCACGAUGUGUAGCACUUUGCAGUUUAGGUAUUUGGAUUUGUGAAGAACUAGUCCAUGAGUCUCAUCAUCCUCAAAUUAAGGAAGCUCUGAAUGUAAUAUGUGUUUCCUUGAAGUUUACUAAUAAAACAGUAGCCCAUGUAGCUUGUAACAUGCUUCACAUGCUGGUUCAUUAUGUGCCUAGACUUCAGAUUUACCAACCUGAUUCUCCCUUGAAAAUUAUUCAAAUCCUGAUAGCCACUAUUACCCAUCUUUUGCCAAGUACAGAAGCUUCAUCUUAUGAAAUGGACAAGAGGUUGGUGGUAUCUUUACUUCUGUGCCUUCUGGACUGGAUCAUGGCCUUGCCCCUAAAGACACUGCUCCAACCAGUCCAUACUACAGGAGCAGAAAAUGAUAAAAUAGAAAAGUCAGUCCUCAAUUGCAUUUAUAAGGUAUUACAUGGAUGUGUUUAUGGAGCUCAAUGUUUUAGCAAUCCAAAGUAUUUUCCAAUAAGCCUAUCAGACCUGGCCUCUGUAGAGUAUGAUCCCUUUCUGCAUUUGGAAAGUCUGAAAGAACCUGAACCUCUGCACUCUCCUGAUUCAGAACGGUCUUCUAAACUCCAGCCAGUAACAGAAGUGAAAACUCAAAUGCAACAAGGAUUAAUUUCUAUAGCUGCUCGCACUGUUAUUACACAUCUGGUAAAUCACUUGGGCCAUUAUCCAAUGAGUGGUGGUCCUGCUAUGUUAACAAGUCAGGUGUGUGAAAAUCAUGACAAUCAUUACAGUGAAAGUACUGAACUUUCUCCUGAACUCUUUGAGAGUCCAAAUAUCCAGUUCUUCGUGUUGAACAAUACAACUUUAGUGUCCUGUAUUCAGAUCAGAUCAGAAGAGAGUAUACCUGGAGGAGGUUUAUCUGCUGGUCUUGCAUCAGCCAAUUCAAAUGUCAGAAUCAUAGUACGUGAUCUUUCUGGAAAAUAUUCAUGGGAUUCUGCUAUCCUAUAUGGACCACCUCCUGUAAGUGGCUUGUCAGAACCUACAUCUCUCAUACUUUCAUUGUCUCACCAAGAGAAGCCAGAAGAGCCACCUACAUCUACGGAAUGCUUAGAAGAUAUAACAGUAAAAGAUGGGAUUUCUUGUCAGUUUAAAAGAUUUAGAGAAACUGUACCAACUUGGGAUACAAUCAGAGACGAUGAAGAUGUUCUUGAUGAGCUUUUGCAGUAUUUAGGUGUAACCAGUCCUGAAUGCUUACAGAGAACUGGAAUUUCACUUAAUAUUCCUGCUCCACAACCUGUGUGCAUUUCUGAAAAACAGGAAAACGAUGUUAUUAAUGCUAUCCUUAAGCAACAUACAGAGGAAAAAGAAUUUGUUGAGAAACACUUUAAUGACUUAAACAUGAAAGCUGUGGAGCAAGAUGAACCAGCACCUCAAAAGCCUCAGUCAGCAUUUUAUUAUUGCAGAUUGCUUCUUAGUAUACUGGGAAUGAAUUCCUGGGACAAAAGGAGGAGCUUUCAUCUCCUAAAGAAAAAUGAAAAACUACUUAGAGAACUUAGGAACUUGGAUUCAAGACAGUGCCGAGAGACACACAAGAUUGCUGUAUUUUAUGUUGCUGAAGGACAAGAAGAUAAACAUUCCAUUCUCACUAAUACAGGAGGGAGUCAAGCAUAUGAAGAUUUUGUAGCUGGUCUUGGUUGGGAGGUAAAUCUUACAAACCAUUGUGGUUUCAUGGGAGGACUACAGAAAAAUAAAAGCACUGGUUUGACCACACCAUAUUUUGCUACCUCUACAAUGGAAGUAAUUUUUCAUGUAUCAACAAGAAUGCCUUCUGAGUCUGAUGACUCUUUGACCAAAAAAUUGAGACAUUUAGGAAAUGAUGAAGUACACAUUGUUUGGUCAGAGCAUACUCGAGACUACAGACGAGGAAUUAUUCCUACAGAAUUUGGUGAUGUCCUUAUUGUAAUAUAUCCAAUGAAAAAUCACAUGUUCAGUAUUCAGAUAAUGAAAAAACCAGAGGUUCCCUUCUUUGGCCCACUUUUUGAUGGUGCUAUUGUGAAUGGAAAGGUCCUACCCAUUAUGGUUCGAGCCACAGCUAUCAAUGCAAGCCGUGCUCUGAAAUCACUGAUUCCACUGUAUCAAAACUUCUAUGAGGAGAGGGCACGGUACCUGCAAACUAUUGUCCAGCACCAUUUAGAACCAACGACAUUUGAAGACUUUGCGGCGCAGGUUUUUUCUCCAGCUCCCUACCAUCAUUUACCACAGGAUGCUGGCGCCUACCCAGAGGUUCUACCCAGUGAAACUCCCACAGCAACGCAGGUAGAUGGGGCUGACCUGGCCUCUCCAAUGUCUCCUCGAACUAGCAAAAGCCGCAUGUCCAUGAAGCUGCGUCGGUCCUCUGGCUCAGCCAAUAAAUCCUAA